AUGUUUACCUUUUGUUUUAUAGUAUUACGCGUUAAAAGACAAUUGUCAGAGUACACAAGGUGGCAGUCGAAUUUAGUGACGUCGAAGCGAGAAUUCAUCGUUAAAGUAGAUGACGAAGUCUUUAGUCCUACUUAUUCCACCCCAGUCGUCGGUAUUAAUAUACAGUCAGGGAGCAAGGCAGGGGAACGGAUAAUAAUCGGAGGACCCAUUGUGCCGCCAGUGCCGACGUCAGAAGUGUCAGAAUUUGAUACAACACCCAUUGAGUACACCCGGUUUGUUCCCCCGACUACUGUCAGGACAACAGGAGACAAUGAUAUCAUAUAUCCCCCAAUAAAAGAAGUUCAAGGCCACGUACUGCCACCAUUUUCUUUGCAAAAACAUUCUAACAGGGAUGAAAGUCCUCCAGCUGGUCCACAUUUCAUUACUAGAACUCCAGCUCUUGCUCAACAGUUCGCACCAAUCACCCCUGUUGCUUUCUAUCCAAGACUGACACCACAGCUAUCACCGGUUACUCCACCUAGUGUAACGAAAAGGAUUCUUCCAUUUACUCCUUCACGCUCUUCGCCUUUGCCGAUUAUUGAUCAAACGCGAACAAGCUUUGACGUGCAAGAUUUUAAUAUAUUACAUCCACAAUCAGAAGAUGCAAAAGAAUUAAAAGCUUUUCUAUCACCUUUAGCAAGGUAUGCAAUCCAAACUGAUACAAAGGCGACUCGAACAAAUUCACCUGAAUUUGUUACCAAUUUUCCCACCAUGACUGAGGAAACAGAAAAUAUUCCCACACGGCAAACGACGGAACUCGAUAUGGUCACUUAUCAUAUUACGUUGUAUAACGAUGAUGAUAGUGACGUUGAUGACGGUAAAAAUAAAACAGAAGAUUUACCAGAAGGUGACACACAAACAGAUAAACUAGCAAAAAGGGUUGUGAAUGCGGAGUCGGAUGAAGAAAUUGACGGUCUUGAUAUUGAUUUUAAAUAUAGUAAUAGAAGAAAUGAGGUCACUAAGCCUACAACCAGCAGUAUUGACAGUAUUCCUAGUGGCAAUCAGAAAUCGGCUACCAUCCCUCUAAAAUCGAAAACAACAAAGGCUGUAGAGACCAGCAGAAGCAGAAGGCAACCCACGUGCAGUUUGCUAAAUUAUAGGCCAUUGACAUUUAAUACGCCUCAAACACUUCCAGAGAUAGUAAGGCAGUUAAAGCAAUGGGAAGCGAAUAGCCCCAUAGUAAAGUUGAUUGACAUAACAGCAAAUAAUUUAACCACCAUGGACAAUCCAAUAUACAUGAUGAUAGUAGACGACCCAAGCAGCGGUCAGGUCGUAUCAGCCAAGGACAUCGUAAUGAUAGUUGCAGGUAUUCAAGGUCGGGACCACCAUGCGGUGUCAGCAGCCAUGUACCUCCUGUAUCAGCUGAUUGAGCAUUCUAACGCUCAGAGGGAUUUGCUCAAAAAAUUCAGGCUUUGGGUCAUUCCUGUGUUCAACCCGGAUGGAUAUGACUACUCCAUGACUUUCACGCAACGUCGUGAGUGGAAGAAGAAUCUUCAACAAUCUUGGGAGGUGUGCGACGGGCGAAGAUCGUGCAAGCCCUGCGAGUCGUAUGGUUUUCGAUGCAUCGUGCACCCUUGUUAUGGCGUGAAUCUUGACCGCAACUUUGAAUACCAAUGGAUACCAGCGGAGGAGCUUCGCGCAGAGCAUCCGUGCGGAGACCUAUACGCGGGGCCGCGACAAGUCAGCGAGCGAGAGACACGCGCACUCACCACUUUCCUGCACGGGCAGAAGAUUCUUAUAUCCACGUUCAUUGCACUCAAGGAGGGUGACGUACUGGGGGUCAUGUAUCCUUACUCGCACACAAGAAAGAAGCGUGCCUUCGAUGCUAAUUAUAGAAAGAGGGCGUCUCGGGCGGCUGCAGCUGCCUUUGGUAUCAGCGGGCGUCCGUACGUCGCGGGACAAACUUCAGAAUUCCUACCGCUGUACGCAGGCGGGAUCGAAGACUGGAUCGACGGCCACUUAGGCAUUGACAAUACCUACACCAUCAUGAUGUUCCGAGCCACUGACUCCCGCAACUCGAAACUAAUGUCGGAAAACGUCGUCCACGAAGCGUACGCAGCGAUGGACACUCUACUGUUGGAAAACAAUGUUGGACCAAUGGAAAUUAAAGCGUUCAUCCCGCCCUCCCCACCCCCGUCAGGCGCCGAGAACAUUUUUCCAAACCUAUUCAUUCUGUCUGCCGCUAUACUCAUCUUUAACAGUUGAACUAAAGGUAGACUGAUAGAAGAUACGCCUCUAGUUAAAGUUACAGAAGAGUUUAGUGGGUCAA